AUGUCGACUAUCGCGAAGUCGUUCGCCGAGCACGCCGUGGUCCCAGACGUCGUCCCAGUGGCCCCGACCGCUCUGUUGAAGGUGACCUAUCCAAGCGGAGUUGAAGUAGAGGAAGGCAAUGAGCUCACUCCAACGCAAGUGAAGGACGAGCCCGCUGUAUCGUGGGACGCUGAGCAGGAUGCCGUCUACACCGUUGCUAUGACUGGCCCUGAUGUGCGAAAUAGUGAGUGGCAACACUGGCUGGUGGGAAAUGUUCCUGGAUCGGACGUUUCUAAAGGAGACGUACUCUCCGCAUACGUGGGCGCUGGACCAAAACCGAGCACCGGUCUACACCGAUACGUCUUUCUUGUCUACCAGCAGUCAGAUGAGAUUAAAUUUGACGAGGAGCGCCUGACUAACAAUUCCAAUGAUGGGCGCGGUAAUUUUUCCAUUGCCAAAUUUGCGGAAAAAUACGAUCUUGGCAACCCAGUCGCCGGCAACUUCUACAAGGCGCAGUACGAUGACUACGUACCCUUGCUCUACAAGCAACUUGGCAUUUAA